AUGAUAAUCCUGAUACGACACGCCCAAUCCGAAGGCAACAAGAACCGCGACAUACACCAGUUCGUACCAGACCACCGUGUCAAGCUCACACCGGAUGGCUGGCAACAGGCAGAAGAAGCCGGACGCCGCCUCCGCUCCAUGCUGAAACCCGACGACACCCUCCAGUUCUUCACCUCUCCCUACAGACGCACUCGCGAGACCACCGAAGGCAUACUGAAAUCCCUGUCGUCUGAUGAACCUACACCCUCACCAUUCCCACGACACAAGAUAAAAGUGUUCGAAGAGCCACGGCUGCGUGAGCAAGACUUUGGCAAUUUCCAGCCAUGUUCGGCGGAGAUGGAGCGGAUGUGGCAGGAGCGGGCAGACUAUGGCCAUUUCUUCUAUCGAAUACCGAACGGCGAGAGCGCCGCCGACGCAUACGACAGGAUCAGUGGCUUCAACGAGAGUAUGUGGAGGCUCUUUGGAGAGGAAGACUUUCCAAGCGUUUGCGUGCUGGUGACACAUGGGCUCAUGACGAGAGUAUUCUUGAUGAAGUGGUACCACUGGUCUGUCGAGUACUUCGAAGAUCUCCGCAACGUCAACCACUGCGAGUUCGUCAUCAUGAAGCAGAACCCCGGCAAUGGCAAAUAUGUUCUUCAAAACGAGCUACGGACGUGGUCAGACCUGAAGAAACGAGCCGCAGCUCUACAAACCAACACCAACGCAUCCUCCACCUCCAUUACGGUAAACACCGCGAACAAGGACAGCACAGGCCCUCCGCCGCCAUAUGCCUCACCAAGGAUUCCCACUCGCCGGUGGGGAGGCUGCGUCAACGGCUGCAACCAUGACCACUCUCACUACCCUCGCCGUCCGCGCCGGCAGAACACUACCGACAGCAUCAGUCUGCCCUCACCCGCCGUCCCCGAAGCGGAGAUGGCGGACCACCCUGUUGCCGCCCAAGAUAAGGAGAAUGUGAAGAUCGCCGUCACAAACGCAUCGCUUAAGGCUCCGGAUCGUGAGGCGAAACGGACCGGGUCGGUACCAAACACCGCUGAUGGCAUCAAGUCUGAGGAAAGUGAACGCAACGACGAUGCCGAUUCAAGCUCGCCAGAGCCGGACGACCAUCAACAUCCCCGGCCACAACAUCAGCCGCCACCCGGACUCCAUCCAGGAAGGGACUUUGGCGGUUCCAUGUCAGGCGCCGGUACACCAGGCGAAGACUUCUCGGGCGACUCGGACUACUUUCCCUCAAAAGAGCUAGCCGCUCGAGCGAAAGGCAAAGAGAAGCCGCUUCCAAGGAAGCGGCGGACGGGCGAGGAGAUGAUGGCUGAGAGCGGUAUGGGAGGCGGCGCUCGAGCGGAGAAGUUGGGAGAUGGAGCCUUCUCCGCUACUGAGGAGGAGGUUGAAGACAUGAAGGAGACGGAAGACGUAAAUCACGAGGUCGACGAGGCGAAGAUGAAGGACAGGAAAGGUAUGAGUGAGGUGUACUAA